CUGGAAGGCACGCCUCCACCAUCUCCCCAUUCGUACGCAACCCUCUGUGCUACUCAAGUCUCCUCGCCAAGGGAAGAAUCGCCGGCCAAAUUCCUCUUCGAGGUUGGGGAAGAGGAGAGAGGAAGUGAGAGAGACCGAGCUCAUGUCUUCCUUCCUCGCUCCGAGGCCUCUUUCACCGGCGCUCUCUUCUUCCUCAUCUUCUCCAUUCAUCUCGCCGCCUCUGUGCUCUUUCCCGUGCCUUCCUCCCUUUUCUGUAUCGUUUCCUCCGCGGAGGCGGAGCUCCUGCAGUUUGAGGGCUCUCUGCGUCCAGGAUCCUGGAAGCGUUGCCUCCGGUGGUGACACCAAGCCGCCUAAUGGGAAUUUGCCAAAAAGCAGGAGGGAGAUUCUUUUGGAGUAUAUAAAAAAUAUUCAGCCAGAUUUUAUGCAGCUAUUUAUGAAAAGGGCACCACAGCAAAUUGUCGAAGCAAUGCGCCAGACCGUGACCAAUAUGAUUGGAACACUCCCCCCUCAAUUUUUUGCAGUGACCGUUACCACAGUUGCAGAAAACUUGGCGCAGCUCAUGUAUAGUGUGAUGAUGACUGGUUAUAUGUUCAGGAAUGCACAAUAUCGUCUGGAGUUGCAGCAAAGUGUAGAAAAAAUUGCACUUCCUGAUGUAAAAGACAAAUUAUGCACCUGGAUCCCAGAAGAAAGUGAGUGGAGAAGUUAUCAGGUGGAAUAAGGUUUCUGGCGCCGAGAAAAUGGAUGCAGUAAAAUACAUAGAGUAUCUUGAAGCAGAAAUUGAGGAGCUGAAUCAACAAGUUAAGAGGAGAUCCACCAACGGACAUAAUGAACUUUUGGAGUAUCUUAAAACCCUUGAGCCUCAGAAUUUGAAGGAACUAACAAGUAGUGCUGGCGAAGACGUAGUUUUUGCCAUGAAUACCUUCAUAACGCGCCUGCUGUCUGUUUCAGAUCCUGCGAAAAUGAAGACAGCGGUCACUGAGACAAGCGCUCCUGAACUAGCAAAUUUGCUCUUCUGGUUGAUGGUGGUUGGUUACAGCAUUCGCAAUAUUGAGGUGAGAUUCGACAUGGAAAAGGUGCUCGGCGCUCCUCCCAAGCUGGCCGAACUACCACCCGGCGAAAACAUAUAGAGCCACAAAGCAUCAGAGUUUUCAAAAAUACAAAAUUAAAUCGCUUCUCAUCAACUGUCUCCAGCUUCUAAGGUGACAUUCAGUAGAGAAACACAACAAUUGGAUGAUGGUGGGACAAGAUGCUGCUAAAAUGUCAUUUUGGAAUUGAGAGAGAGAGAGAGAAUAAGUUGGGUUGUAUUGUUGGUCCAGUUUUUGAAAAUUCAUUUUGUAUUUUUUGUUCACCAACGGCUAGCUCUGUUUGUUUUGGCAUAUUUUAUCUAUCCCUCCCAAUUCUCCCUUACAAUUUUUUCUUUUUUUUUUUUAGGGAUG